UUCAGUUACACUCGAAGGUUCAGCUGUGUAACAAGCUUCUAGGCAUUAAGAAAAAAAAUCGGUGAAAAUAAAACAGAAAAAACGGUUUAAAUCAAACAAAAUUCAAAUUUUAUAUAAAAUUUUUUUAUAAUUUUUUUUUUAAUUUAAAAGCUUUAAAUAAUGGCCGACGAAGCACAAGCACCACCCGCUGAAGCUGCACCAGCACCAGCUGAGGGUGAGGCAGCUGCCGCAGCUGAUGCUCCACCAGCUGAACCCACUGAGCCCAUUAAGCACACCUAUACCCUAUUCUAUUUCAAUGUUAAGGCAUUGGCUGAGCCGUUACGUUAUCUUUUUGCAUAUGGCGGCAUUGAGUAUGAGGAUGUGCGCGUAACCCGUGACGAAUGGCCAGCAUUGAAGCCGACUAUGCCUAUGGGUCAAAUGCCUGUUUUGGAAGUCGAUGGCAAACGUGUCCACCAGAGCAUAUCUAUGGCACGUUUCCUAGCUAAAACUGUUGGUUUGUGCGGUGCCACACCCUGGGAAGAUCUACAAGUUGAUAUUGUUGUUGAUACCAUCAACGAUUUUCGUCUAAAAAUUGCAGUCGUCUCCUACGAACCUGAGGAUGAAAUCAAGGAAAAGAAACUGGUCACACUGAACAAUGAAGUCAUUCCAUUCUAUUUGGAGAAGUUGGAACAAACCGUUAAAGAUAACGACGGUCAUUUGGCAUUGAACAAGCUUACCUGGGCUGAUAUUUACUUCGCAGGUAUUUUGGAUUACAUGAACUACAUGGUUAAGCGCGACAUUUUGGAACAAUACCCAGCAUUGCGCGGUGUUGUCGAUACCGUUAACGCCAUGGAACCCAUCAAGGCAUGGAUCGAAAAGAGACCACAAACUGAAGUUUAACUUUAAAUUACUAGCAAAAAAUCCAUUUGAAGAAAUGAAAACUCCUACAAAAGAAAAAAAAACAAUAUGAUGAAAAAAGUAGAAAAAAAAUAACGAGAAUAAAAAACAUUUAACAUUUUUUUCAUACAUUAUACAAAAAACACCACAACAACAACAACAAUAUUAUAAUAACAACUAAAAAUAUACUAUAUAUUGAUUUAAACAUCACAUUUUGUUCCUUUUUUUAAUUGUUUAUGUAAUAAUUACUAUAAUAUACAUAAUACUUAUUAAUAAUAUUAAUACAUAAUUAAUAAAAACAAUUAACAAUCAUUUAUAA